UUCUGACAAGACAGCUCCAGCCAAACCCAGUCGGAAAAUCCAGUGUAAUGAAGACCCCUCUACCUACCACGACCAUCAGUCAUGACGAAAUCGUGGCAAUCAUCACGAAAUUCUACACGUUCCUUACCACCUACCCCUUCCUUCCAGCCACUGCGAUCAAGACCCCUCCCUCCGAAGGCUGGCCAGAAGAGUAUUGUGAUAUUUGGCGUAAGAUGGGCAAGUCAGAAGAAGUUGUCGAUCUCCUGGCUCGUUUACCAUAUAUUGACGACGACAAUUGGGUCUGGUAUCACGACACCAUGCCAAUCAAUUAUACCAAACCACUGAAUCUGAGGCGUAUCAAAGAACAUUACGAGGAGAAGCGCUACGUCUUUGAGCCUUCUGGAGUGGCUCUUCCACCUCAUGUAUUCUCUUUGACGCACGGGAAGUUGUAUGGAAAAUGGGUCUUGCUGGAUAUAAAAGCUAGAACAAUCACAGAGCUGGGGGUAUUGGGUGGAGUACAGCCAGCAGAGGCAACUGAAGAAGCAAAAGUUGGUGGGGACGCCUGGAGCAUGUAUCCAACCAGACCUAUCAAAGAAUUCUUUGAUGCUUGUCAGGAUAAGAUGUCAGGAAAAUCUUUGGUUGCGAGCAGGAAUUAUAUCAGAUGUUGAAUCACGUUUAAUAGAGAUGGCUUUGCUGGCAAUACAAU